GCUUCAUGUUUCUGUUUUUGCAGCGGCAGAUCCCAGAUCCAGUUUUACCUCGUGCAGCUCUUACCAAAGAAAUCGGGACCGUGAAUGUCAAAGUGCAUGUGCACCCUGAGAUUUAAGAAGCACAGCUGUCUGCCGAGGGACGACACACUGUCACAUUUACUGAUAUAACUAGGGACAGGGGGAGGAAGCAAGCAAGCAGCAAGCAGAGGAUGUACAAUUUAGAGAAAAAAAAACAUAGCGUCAAGGCAAAGGGAAGAGAGAAAAAUAUGUCGAAGCACAAAAAAACAGCGUGAUGGAAAAUAAAAGAGACAGAAAGAAACAGGCUGCAAGCAAGAGGAAGAGAGACAGGGAGAGAGCACUCGAGCGAGAGAGAGAGCUUCAAUGAUUCCCACACUGGCUGGCACUAAGCUCUGUGUUCUGAUCCGGCUCCUCUGAUGGGGUUUCAUGCUUGUAGGCAGUGUUGGGGAUUCUGAGAGCAACGCACGUUUCAAAGCCGUAUCUUGGCUUAUUUUAAAAUCCUACUCACUGACCAUCUCAGCCAACCAAGAUGAGAGUCAGGAAAACUCAUCUCAGCCUUAAUGAUGGCUAAUGGAUGCUGAAGAAGGGUCAGUCACUUGAACCCAAAAGUGGAGAUAAAAAGGACAGCAAACUCCUGCGGUUGAAGGACGCCCAGCAGAUAUGAGAGUGUUACUGGCAUGUUGCCUCCUCUCCCUCCUCUCUCACUCACAUGCCUGUCCCAAAGAGUGCAGCUGCAACGCAAACACCAAAGUCGUGGACUGCCGGGGUCGCGGCCUGUAUGACAUUCCCCGACGAUUACAUCCAGACACCCAAGAAUUAUAUCUCCAAGACAAUCGGAUCAGAGGCCUUGGAUCGGUGGCUUUUCGAGAAAUACCCCUGGUUCGCAUUCUCGAUCUAUCAAAUAAUUCUAUCACAUCUGUUUCCCCAACUGCUCUUCUGGGGCUCAGAACCCUGCAGCGCUUCAGCCUGGCCUACAACAGCCUGAGAGAGCUUGACAAGCGGUUGUUUGGACCCAUUCACUCACUUUCACACCUUGAUCUUUCACACAACAGCCUAUGGGGCUUGUCCGGAGCCUUGGGAGACAAUCUGAGGAACCUGAGCCACUUGGGACUCGCCCACAACAGGCUAACACGAUUGGACCGAUCCCUGCUGGAAGCCUUGGGCCGCCUGGACAGCCUCACACUACGAGGCAACCCAUGGAAAUGUGACUGCCACCUUAUAGGCCUCAAACUGUGGCUGGAGGCCUACCUCUUCAAAGGUGGUGCAGUGGAUGAGGUGCUUUGCUCCCAGCCUGUCGAGAUGAGGGACAGAGACCUACAGAAGGUCCCUUACCAGCUUUUCCAUGCAUGUAUGACCACAAGCUACCAUUACUUGUUUGCCAACAUACAUCAUCUGGAGUCGGAACGGCUGCUGCGAGGCCACAUCCAUGGCAACCAUGCUCAUCCUUCAAGCCACGCGCUCCAUGUCCCGAUGGAAAUGGGGGAGGGGUUUGGUGGAGGGGGAGGAGGAGGAAGUUUGCCAGAAUGCGAGCCUAAGCAAAGGCACCGACCAGUCAACUUGCGCCAUGCCAUUGCCACAGUGAUCAUCACCGGUGUGGUGUGUGGGGUAGUGUGUCUGAUGAUGCUGGCUGCAGCAGUGUAUGGUUGCGCAUAUGCUGCCAUCAUGGCCAAAUAUCAGCGGGAGCUAAAGAAGAAUGAGGAGUUGGCAGCGGCUCGUGCAGCCGAGCAUGCCACACUGGAUGAGAAGGAACCACUGGAGAAUGCUAUUGCGUAGGAGAUGAUGACACAUAUCCCAAACUUCAAACGUGGGCCUCAACCCUUUAACCUAAUCAUCUUUGGAUGCCAUAUGUGUGUUUGUGCAUGUGCGAGUGUGAGAAAAAGAAGAGGAGUGUAAUUUGAGAUUCAUGUUUGUGAUGUCGUCUGAAACUUGGGUAGCCCUCUUACACAGGUAUUUGUCUAUGCACUAAAGAAGAACUGGAAAUAAAAAAACAGAGAUAUCUAUUUUCUCUUGAGAAAAUAGAAAGAUGCAUAUCACAGAUACAGUAGAUACAAAUUGCUAUAUUUAUUACUCUGUAUUUGUAGAUCUUAGUAAAUCUCUGGUAUCUGAAAUGAAUUUCAGCAUUUGGUUCAUUCAGCUGUUGUUUAUAGUUAUCUUGUCUAAUUUUGAAAUUCAAAGUAGGCAGCUGUUUUCAGUUAUGUUUUAAUUUGUUUGUGAUGAAGGAAAAAAGUCUUUGUGUUAUUAUUUAUGCUGAUUGUGUGUAUGUGUGCUGAAUGCACAUAUUUAUAGAGAAUUUCAUUGUUUGUGCCUAAUAAUGUGAUAUAGUUUUGCAGAGAAAAUAUGUUCUAUGAAGGAUAUUUUUCUGACAACUCUUUCAGGGACGAUGGGUAAAUUUUUGAAGCAAUAACAAAACUUGGACUCAGCCUUGUUGUUUUCCCACAACUUUACGGGUUCAUGUGGAUUAUUGUACUGCUGCACAAAAUUACAUCUACACAUGCAAACUUUUACUGUCCAUUCAGUUGAAUUGUUAUUUGUGAGUCAUGGCAACUACAUAAAGGUAGAUAUGUCUUUCAGUAUGUAUUAUACAAAAUAAAUGGAAACAUUUUACCUGACUGCAGUAUUUAUAUUGAUCAGAUCUUUGAGUUUCUUGAUGAUACAUUUGUAUAACACGACAAAAUGGCCAGUCCAAGUGUGCCCAAAUAAUUUUUUAUACAGAAGGAAAGACCAUUUGAGUGAAAAAUUACUCCGCUUAUCUUGUCAAGUGAUAAGAUCCAGUGGAUUUAAAAGGUUUCACAUCACUGAUAGAAAAUUAUAAAUGAAUUAAAAGGAAAAAAAACAUGUUCAGACUCUGUUUACUACAAAAUCCAACAAAUUUUGCCUUUGACACAUCUGAAGUUAGUUUAGCAGGUAUAACACAAUAUGUUUUUAUUUAUUUUUCUCAAGACGCUGCGCAUCCCCUGAAGUCUUCUGGCAUCGGUGAGACUCACCUAACACUUUGAAAACCACUGUUCUCAAGGGUUAGUCGUUGUUGGUAUGUGUGACUGUUUAACACAUGACUGAAUGUGAUUAGUCACAUUAUGAAAUGGUUUACACACCUUCAAUGUUGUUUUAUUUAUUCAGGUUUUAAAAUUUGUUUUGGAAUUGGUGUGAAGUGUUGUUUUCUCAUUUGCAGAAAACGGUUUUGUUGUUUACAUCCUCAGAAAUUGGCAUUUUAAAGGGUAUUGUCAACUUUUAAUAUCCAUCUGCCAUCUUGCUUUUAAUGUCAACGUUGCAACACAACAAAUGCAGAAACAACUCAAAUGAUAUAUUUUUUUUUAAUAGUUAAAAAUCCAUGUGACAUAUAUUGAGUAGAGGCUACUGUACAUAUUUUUGGUGUUUACAUUUGAGUGUUUUCUUAGCAAUUACAAUUGACAUUAUAUGCAUAGCCAGAAAACAGCAGCAAAUCAAAUCUUACUCAGCCUGAUUGAGAUGUGCAAUAAAUACACACAGAUGCAGUUGGUCUUAACAUCUUAACGACUGACCUGACAUUUAUGGCUCUGUGUGUUGCGCCAGCAAACCCAAUGCACGUGGCAAAGGAUGUGACUGCCACCUUACACACACGCAGACACAGUAAUAGAGUGUGUGUGUGCGUGUGUGCACGUGGAUGUGUGUGUAUGGUCAGCCCAGUUGUGACUCAAGAGAUGUCUGGGGGAGUCCAGAGGAAUGGGCAGGAGGGGGGUACCAUGGCAUGUGAUGUCAUCAGCCUGUCUUGUCAAGUUAGUGUGCUAGUGUAUUCACAAGUCUACAGCUCAGUGGAGCGGAGGCCAGUGAAAACUGGCCCUAACCGGCCCACACUAAAUUUGCAUUCCAGCCUACAUUUCCCCUCCCAUCUGACUCUCUUACAUAAAAUCAUUCUUACAGACAUCCCCCCUGUCUGAUAGGCAUGAUCAUCAUUACUGUACAUCACCAAGUGAUGUACACCAAGAGUAUAGUCAAAUGGAGUACACAAUAGCGUCACAUACCUGACACAAUGAUGUAACCUUAGGAGAAUACUGGGAAAAGAAUAUGAUGGGCUGCAUGUUUAUCACUCUUCUAGGAAUCGGAUGUAUACCAGGCACAUGUGCAUGUCUUUGUGCGUGUAUGUGCAUGUGCGUGUGUGUGAGCUGUGGUACCACACAGACUCCCCCAUCUCUGUCCUUCUGCUCCAAUGGUUUCCCCCAGGCCUAUAGUACCCACAAUGCACUGCUCUCAUGUCAACGCAGCCAGGCACUGUGAAAAUGGUUCUCUUUUUCUGCCCUUUUCUGCACAACCCCCCCCCCCCCCCCCACACACACACACACACACACCACCUCACCCCACCCCAAACCCACCCACUCCUUGCCUUGU